UAGACUGUGCUAGCAUCUGAGCGUCUUUGUUAAAUCAGACUCAACGCUAAUAUCACUCGUCAGUCGAAUUGGUACUUACGGUAUAACGGCGUUGUCUCCUUGGCUCAUCUAAAUUACAAGAAAUCUAGACCAUAAUGAACUGGUUCUUUCCUAAGGAUAUCCAACCGACCGUAGCAUUGGCCGGUGGACAACGGCAGGGUUCAAGAGGCACUGCCACACCCUCUCCUGAUGUAGCCGGUGGAAAACCAAUAAACAUUCCGCCCCCGAUAAACGGGAAAAAAAACCUGGAAAAAUGCCAAAACUUCGACCAAACACAGAGGGAAGCCAAAUUUGCACUUCGAAAAACCGAUUUGCAACAAUUGAAAUCACUUUCUGAGGAUCGAAAGAACAGCGAGUUUACCGACAUGGAUCCAACCAUAGCCCAGCACUGGUCGCUGUUGGUUCAAUUUCCUGAAGGCAACCAGAAAAUCGCGCAGAAAAUAUUAUUUUUCGAAGCUGUUGAAUCCACAGAGGGAGACAAUAAAGGGCACCUUCAAGUCCUUUGUGCAGAAAAUGUGGAUGCCGAAGUAUUCAAGAAAGCCACAUAUUUCGAUACACUGAAGAUUAGUCCCAGCGAAUUAUUGGAGAAAGCCAAGCAAGUUUCUUCAAAUGGAACCAAGUACGACAGAUUUUACAACAACUGCCAAACGUGGGUGAGAGAAUUUCUGGUUCUAACCUCCCCAAAAUUGUCGAAAUCACUGGUUGAAACAAUCAUGUCGUCUGAAUCAACCCGGGACAUGGAUCUCUAUUUGAGGAACGUUAUCGAACACACCAAUCUGGCUAACUCUUCCAACGCUCCCGAAUAAUUGAACUAAUGCGAAUAAGAUAGCCUACUUUCAAGAGGAGUUCGACUUGAGAUUGCAGUGACCACCCGAUAAGGAUUUGAUCCCAUCGAAAGAUGACGUAGAUUUUUCAUAGCUGCCAAGUAGAAUGUUGAAAGAACCCCCCCCCCCCCUCAAUAUUUUUGUUAAUAAUGAAUGCUUCAAAUUCAAUACACACAACAUUCAGCC